GGGACAAGUCCGUCAGGAGGCCUCAGCGCAGCCCUGGCCUUCAAGGACGCGGGCAAGACGCUGGUGGAGCCCGAGGUGGCCCUCCACCGCAGCCGCAUCACCCUCACCAGCCGCAACGUGAAGUCGCUGGAGAAGGUGUGUGCCGACCUCAUCCGCGGCGCCAAGGAGAGGAACCUGAAGGUGAAGGGCCCGGCGCAGACGCCCACCAAGGCGCUGCGCAUCACCACCCGGAAGUCGCUGUGCGGCGAAGGCUCCACGACCUGGCACCGCUUCCAGAUGCGCAUCCACAAGUGCCUCAUCGACCUGCACAGCCCGUCGGAGAUCGUGAAGCAGAUCACGUCCAUCAGCAUCGAGCCCGGCGUGGAGGUGAAGGUCACCAUCGCUGAUGCCUAGAGUCGCUUUUUUCUAAUAAAAAAUCCGA